AUGGGAGGAGAACCAAAUGGCCGUGUUCAGAUGGAGAAGACGAUUGGGUUAGUGCAGGGCAUCAACGUCAUCAUUGGCUCGAUGAUCGGCUCCGGAAUCUUUGUUAGUCCAACCGGUAUUCUCGCAAGUGUGAAAAGUGUAGGUGCCAGCCUGAUUCUGUGGGUUGCCUGCGGUCUCUUCUCGCUUCUUGGUGCAUAUUGCUACGCAGAAUUGGGCACGUUAAUCCACCGUUCGGGUGCUGACUACGCCUACAUUUUGGAAGCUUUUGGUCCCUUCUUCGGUUUCUUGCGAAUGUGGGUUGAAGUCAUUGUUGUUAGGCCGGCAACCAUCGCUGUCAUUGCUAUGACCUUUGCCAAGUACACUCUACAGCCAAUCUUCCCCGAUUGUCAGCAACCAGAUAUGGCUGUCAGACUUCUUGGUGCUGCGUGCAUCCUUUUAAUUACAUACAUAAAUUGUUAUUCCACUCGACUUUCGACGCGAGUUCAGGAUGUCUUUACCUAUGGAAAACUCGCGGCUAUUAUCAUGAUAAUCAUCACUGGUUUUGUUCAAAUGGGAUUUGGUCGUGUGGAGGCAUUCGAUAGUGCCUUUGAGGGGUCGGACUGGAGUUUGGGUGGUAUAGCAACUGGCUUCUACUCAGGUCUCUUUGCUUAUGCUGGCUGGAACUACCUGAACUGCAUGAUUGAGGAGAUGAAGAACCCAAAGCGCGAUUUGCCAAUCGCUAUAGUUUUCUCCUGCCUAGUUGUGACGGCUGCCUACACUCUCUGCAACGUCGCCUACUUUACGACCGUUGACGUUCAUGAAAUUCUUAUAACACCUGCCGUUGCCGUGACGUUUGCUCAGCGUUUGUACAGUCAUGGAUGGUGGAUCAUGUCGAUCUUUGUAGCACUGUCGACUUUCGGUGGUGUCAAUGGUGCUAUGCUCACUACCUCGCGCAUAUUCUUUGUGGCUGGCGAGGAGAGCCAAAUGCCACGUGUUAUGGCUUUCCUCCACAUCCACAAGCUGACGCCACUUCCCGCUGUCGUUUUUACGGCAUUCUUCUCGUUGCUAUACCUCUCGGUCACUGAUUUGUACGCCCUGAUGAACUAUCUCGGUUUCGUGCAAUGGCUGGCGAUUUCUCUCUCUGUUCUCAUCGUCAUCAUCUUCCGGAUAACUCGUAAGGAGGCCAUCCGUCCUGUUCGGGUGCCAAUAUUGUUCCCCAUAAUCUACGUUGGAAUGAGCGCUUUCCUCAUCAUUUUCUCAUUUAUUGGUGCCCCCAUGGAGUCCUUGUACGGGUGUGCAAUUAUUGCUACGGGCAUUCCUAUCUACCUUUUGGGUAUAACCUGGUCGCCGAAGCCUGCAUGCUUACAAAGGAAAGUUGAUGCCGUCACCAUUAGCGCUCAGAAAGUCCUCCAACUGGCGCCUCAGAAUUAA